AUGCUCGCCCGCUCGUCGAUCCGGCUCCUGCGCGCGCGCGCGCCGCCGCGCGCCGCGGUGGCCUACAGCAACUCCAUCACCUACAGCGGCGGCCAGGCGUCCGUUGGCCAGGGCGGCUUCUACGGGAGCGGCGGCGCGCGGUGCACGAAGCGCAAGACGGAGUGGAACGCGUCGGCCGUGGCCAGCGCCGAGAAGGUCGCGUCCCUCGCCGAGAUCAUGGACCAGGCCUACGCGCUCCGGGAGACGAUCACCGCGGCGGACCCCGUCUCCGAGGCGGCCAUCGAGAGCAAGGCGUCGCUCAAGAAGCUCAUGACGAGCCCGGCGACCGUCAAGGUCAUCGACUGCCUCGAGGUGAAAAACGAGCCCGUCUGGGGCCUCACGCAGGCCGAGCGGAGCCUCGUCCGCGAGGCGCGCGAGAUGUCGCUCAACUGCUAG